CAGGGCCAACUGCUCCUCCAGCCACUCUGGGCUCCUGUUUUUGCCCCUGCCGAGGUGGACUUUUUCUGUCAGAGGCCCUCAGCCAGGAGGAGAGGCCUGUGGCUCUGUGUGAAGGGGGACAGAGUCAGAGGGAGAAGAGGGGAGAGAACGGGCGGCGGGGGACCCCACGCUGGAUAACCAAGAGGCCUUCACAAAGCGGAGUUAUACUGCACCUGAGUUUGGGAUUUUACAGUGAAACGGCACAUUUCUCUGGGAUUGGGAGCUCGUCUCAGGUGGAGGCAUCACGAUGGCGGCCAACGCAGAUGCAGCCAAGCCGGUCAUCAUGAAUGAAGAGGAGCUGAAGAGGAAGCAGAGGGAGAAGCUGAAGAAGUUACAGGCCACGGGAGGAAACCCUCGACCCGCAAGAUCUCUCUUCCUCUUCACCCUCAAAAACCCCUUCCGCAAGGCCUGCAUCAAUAUUGUGGAGUGGAAAACCUUUGAAAUCAUCAUCUUAUUAACCAUCUUUGCGAACUGUGUGGCUUUGGCUGUGUUCCUGCCGAUGCCUGAAGAAGACAGCAACAACACCAACUCAAGUUUGGAAAGUCUGGAGUAUAUCUUUCUGGUCAUCUUCACGCUGGAGUGCUUCUUGAAGAUAGUAGCGUAUGGUUUCGUGUUCCAUGAAGGAGCCUAUUUACGGAACUGCUGGAACAUAUUGGACUUUGUCAUCGUCUUCAUGGGUCUCUUCACCUUUGCUUUGGAUACCAUAAACAAGAUAGCAGGCGUGCCCAUGGAGAAAGGUGGAGGGUUUGACAUGAAGGCGCUGAGAGCCUUCAGAGUCCUGCGACCCCUUCGUCUUGUCUCUGGAGUCCCCAGUCUGCAGGUGGUGAUGAACUCCAUCCUCAAAGCCAUGCUGCCUCUGCUGCACAUCGCCCUGCUGGUCUUCUUACUGGUCACUAUCUAUGCCAUCAUGGGUCUGGAGCUGUUUAAGUGCAAAAUGCAUAAGACCUGCUAUUACACUGACACAAAUAUCUAUGCCACUGCAGAAGGUGAGCUGCCGGCUCCCUGCGCUCAGGCUGGUAACGGACGCCGCUGCAUGAUCAACGGCUCUGAGUGCCGGCCUGGAUGGGAAGGUCCAAACAAUGGCAUCACCCACUUUGAUAACAUCGGCUUUGCCAUGCUGACCGUCUACCAGUGUAUCACCAUGGAGGGAUGGACCAAAGUGCUCUACUGGGUUAAUGAUGCCAUAGGAAAUGAAUGGCCGUGGGUCUAUUUUGUACCUCUCAUUCUGUUGGGCUCCUUCUUUGUGCUCAAUCUGGUUCUUGGUGUGCUCAGUGGAGAGUUCACCAAAGAGCGAGAGAAGGCCAGGUCACGUGGAGAAUACCAGAAGCUGCGAGAGCGUCAGCAGCUGGAUGAGGACCUUCACGGCUACAUGGAGUGGAUCACUCACGCUGAAGUCCUGGAUGCCGACAGAGAAGGCAAAGGUCUCCUGCCUUUGACCAGUGGAGAUUCAGACACAGACAGCCUGUAUGACCUGGAAGGCAAAAGUCGAAUUGUCUACUACUACCGCCUGGCUCGCCGAUGGAACCGUUUCUUUAGGAUGAAGUGUCUGGUGUAUGUGAAAACCAAGACCUUCUACUGGGUGGUGAUGUUCCUCGUCUUCCUCAACACUCUGACCAUAGCCACAGAGCACCACCACCAGUCUGUCCAGCUGACUGCCCUGCAAGAUGUGGCCAGUCGUGUGCUGCUGGUGCUGUUUGUCAUUGAGAUGUUUGUGAAGAUGUAUGCUCUGGGACCAAGAGCAUAUUUCAUGUCUCUGUUUAACCGUUUUGACUUCUUUGUGGUGCUCUGCGGCAUCCUGGAGAUGAUCCUGCUGUCUGCGGGGGCUGUGACUCCUUUAGGUUUCUCUGUACUCAGGUGUAUCCGGCUGCUGAGGAUUCUCAAAGUCACCAAGUACUGGAAGUCUCUAAGCAAUCUUGUAGCCUCCCUCCUCAACUCUGUUCGCUCCAUCGCCUCCCUGCUCCUCCUCCUCUUCCUCUUCAUCGUCAUCUUCUCGCUCCUGGGCAUGCAAGUGUUUGGCGGGAAAUUCAACUUCGCCGACCACCGACCCAGACGUAGCAACUUUGACAACUUCCCUCAGGCCCUGAUCAGCGUGUUUCAGAUCCUCACAGGAGAGGACUGGACCAGCAUAAUGUAUAAUGGCAUCAUGGCCUAUGGAGGGCCUGUGAUCCCCGGCAUCCUAGUGUCCAUCUACUUUAUUGUCCUGUUUGUUUGUGGAAACUAUAUCCUCCUCAAUGUCUUCUUGGCCAUCGCCGUCGACAACCUGGCAGAAGCUGAGAGUCUGACUUCGGCUCAGAAAGAAAAGGCAGAAGAGAAGAUGAGGAGGAAGAUACUAAGGUCCAAAAUGCCUGAGAAGACUGAUGAGGAGAGAGAGAGGAUAGCUAAGAAACUGGCAGAGCAGAGAGCCAAGAUGGAGGGCAUGCCCACCACAGCCAAGCUUAAAAUCGAUGAAUUUGAGUCCAAUGUCAAUGAAGUGAAAGAUCCCUUUCCACCUGCUGACUUCCCCGGUGAUGAUGAGGAGCUAGAGCCUGAAAUUCCCAUCAGCCCUCGGCCCCGACCGAUGGCCGACCUGCAGCUGAAGGAAGAAGCAGUUCCUUUGCCUGAAGCCAGCUCCUUUUUCAUUUUUGGUCCUCAGAACAAGUUCCGUAAGCUGUGCUACAAGAUCAUCAAUGCUUCAUCCUUCACCAACUUAAUUCUCCUGUUCAUCCUGCUGUCCUCCAUCUCGCUGGCAGCUGAGGAUCCCAUUGAUCCAAAAUCCUACAGAAAUCAGAUCUUGGCCUACGCUGACAUUGUCUUCACCACCGUGUUCACCAUUGAGAUUGUACUAAAGAUGACCGUGUACGGAGCAUUUAUGCAUGAAGGCUCUUUCUGCCGUAACUCUUUUAACAUCCUGGAUCUGAUUGUGGUCACAGUGUCUCUCUUGUCUAUGGGAAUGGAAUCCAGUGCCAUUUCUGUGGUGAAGAUUCUCAGGGUAUUGAGGGUGCUGAGGCCUCUCAGAGCCAUCAACAGAGCCAAAGGCCUGAAGCAUGUAGUUCAGUGCGUGUUUGUGGCCAUCAAAACAAUCGGCAACAUCGUCCUGGUCACCAUGCUGCUGAAUUUCAUGUUCGCCUGCAUCGGAGUCCAACUCUUUAAGGGUAAAUUCUACAGCUGCACAGACCCGUCCAAAGUGACUGAGGAGGAAUGCCAGGGAUUCUUCUGGAAGCACAUGGAAAAUUCCCUACAAGACACAGUGCUGGCGAAAAGAGAAUGGCUCAACAGCGACUUCAACUUUGACAACGUGCUCUAUGGGAUGUUGGCUCUAUUCACUGUUUCCACGUUUGAGGGCUGGCCAAAGCUCCUGUACAGGGCCAUAGAUUCAGACGAAGAAGAUAUGGGUCCGGUGUUCAACAACCGUGUCGACGUGUCGAUAUUCUUCAUCAUCUACAUCAUCCUCAUAGCCUUCUUCAUGAUGAACAUCUUUGUGGGCUUUGUCAUUGUUACCUUCCAGGAGCAGGGCGAGCAGGAGUAUAAGAACUGUGAGCUGGACAAGAACCAGCGUCAGUGUGUGCAGUACGCUCUAAAGGCCCGUCCUCUGAGGUGCUACAUCCCCAAAAAUCCCUACCAGUACAGGGUCUGGUACAUUGUCACCUCCUGCUACUUUGAGUACCUCAUGUUCUUCCUAAUUAUGCUCAACACCUUGUGUCUGGGGAUGCAGCACUGUAAUCAGUCGGACCAUGUUACCAAGCUGUCGGACACUCUCAACUUGAUCUUCACCGUGCUCUUCACUGUGGAGAUGAUUCUCAAGCUCAUGGCCUUCAAAGCGAGGGGCUACUUUGGAGACCCCUGGAACGUGUUUGACUUCAUCAUCGUCAUUGGUAGCGUCGUUGAUGUCAUCCUGAGUGAAGUCGAUACUGCCCUGGCCUCCAGUGGAGGACUGUACUGUCUCCAUGGCUGUGCUGAGACGAAUCCUAUGCAAGCCAUUGCGGCCUCUGAAAAUGCCUCAGUUUCCAUCACGUUCUUCCGACUCUUCCGUGUUAUGCGUCUGGUCAAACUGCUGAACCGCUCAGAGGGAAUCCGUAAUCUGCUGUGGACCUUCAUCAAGUCUUUCCAGGCCCUCCCUCACGUAGCUCUGCUCAUUGUGAUGCUCUUCUUCAUCUACGCUGUCAUUGGGAUGCAGAUCUUUGGAAAGGUAGCCUUAGUGGACGGCACCCAAAUCAACCGCAACAACAACUUCCAGACAUUCCCUCAGGCUGUUCUGAUGUUAUUCCGAUGUGCUACUGGAGAGGCAUGGCAGGAGGUCAUGAUGGCUUCAAUGUAUGGGAAGAAGUGUGACCCCAAGUCUGACUUCCUGCCAGGAGAAGAGUACACCUGUGGGUCCAACUUUGCUGUCUUCUACUUCCUCAGCUUCUACUGUCUUUGUGCCUUCCUGAUCCUCAACUUGUUUGUUGCUGUUAUCAUGGACAACUUUGACUAUCUGACCCGUGAUUGGUCUCUUCUUGGUCCACAUCAUCUGGAUGAGUUUAAGAAGAUCUGGGCUGAAUAUGACCCUGAAGCCACGGGGAGAAUCAAACAUCUGGAUGUGGUGACGUUACUGCGACGCAUCCAGCCUCCACUGGGUUUUGGCAAGUUCUGUCCUCAUCGUGCUGCAUGCAAGCGUUUGGUUGGUAUGAACAUGCCUCUCAACAGUGAUGGCACCGUAACCUUCAACGCCACCCUGUUUGCUCUGGUCAGGACUGCACUGAAAAUCAAAACAGAAGGUAACUUUGAGCAGGCCAAUGAGGAACUGAGAGCCAUUAUAAAGAAAAUCUGGAAGCGCACCAGUAUGAAGCUGCUGGACCAGGUCAUCCCCCCUAUAGGAGAUGAUGAGGUGACUGUGGGGAAAUUCUAUGCCACCUUCCUGCUCCAAGACCAUUUCCGCAAGUUCUUGAAGCGUCAGGAGGAGUACUACGGCUACCGACCAACUAAGAAGAGCGCCUCAGGCCCGGAGAUCCAGGCGGGUCUGAGGAGUAUAGAUGAAGAAGCAGCUCCGGAGAUGCACAGAGCCAUUUCAGGAGACCUGCAGAAUGAGGAAGAGAUGGACAGAGCUAUGGAGGAGGCUGGAGAAGAGGCCAUUUUCCAGCGCUCCCAUGGUCUGUUUGGUAACCGUGGGGACUCAUUCGCCGCUGAGCCUGAAAACGCUCAGGCCCAGCAGAUGGCCAGCCAGCGACCCCUUAAGUUCUCCGAGAGCCAACCUGAGUCUCCACCAAACUCCUCCGCCUUGGUGCCCACCACCGAAUUCUUCCCCACAGCUGCACCGAAGAACAACACCAACAACAACGCCUUUGCAGACUUUUCAUUUGAGAGAGAAGGCAGCCCCGAAGAGUUUUACAAUCCCUGUGAGGACGAAGAGCCAGACAGCAGACGUUCUUGGAGCUUCACAGUGAGAACCGACAAAACGCAGUUCCCUUAUGACCCCGACUAUGGUGACAGUCAGAGUCAGAGCUCUCGCACCGCAGCCGACCAGCUGGUCCAGGAGGCUCUGGUAAAAGGCGGUCUCGUCUCUCAGGCCAGAGAUCCCGGCUUUGUGUCUGUAACUAAGAGGGAGAUGGCCGACGCCAUGCGGAUGCCCAUUGCUCACAUGGAGGGGAUGGCUCAGGGCAUCCUCAGCGAACGCUCCAGCAGCAGCGCUUCUGUCAAAAAGAGACGCCCCGUCCCCGUUCCUCCAGCUGCUGUCCCUGCUGUGGCAACUCAGGAAACAGGCCGGCCAGAUCCGGCUGUGAGGAGAAAGAGACGUCCAAUUCCCAAGACUCCCUCCAUACAGGAGUCGGAGGCUGACUCCGAAGUGUAGAGGCUGCCACUUGAGUUGAAACAGUUUAAUGUGUUUUUUACAGUAGUGGGUGGCUCCACCUCACCUCACUUUGCCAAGCUUGUUGCCUCUUUGACAAUCUGAUCUGUCAGCCUGGCUCAGGGCCGAGAGACAAGCUGGUCUAAAAUAUUGUCAAGUGUGGUAUAAACUUAACUAAAGAGAAACAAUACAUCUGAUGAUUAAACAUCUGAUUCUUCAGAUUUAUUGAAUAAAAACACGAACUUAUGUCAGCGUAAA